AUGACAAAAGCGAUUCACCAAUUUCAGCUUAUCCAACCGAAAAUGCAAAAUUUGAGUAAAAAGGCGUUUCAAGUUUCUCAAAUACUCAAACAGUUAGACGAAUCUCUUACUGAUUUUAUUUUAUCUGUUACGGACAUUGCUGAUAAUUACAGUCCAAACAACAAUACAACUUCUCUUCAAAAUUUAGUUCGACUCAUUUUCACAGUGGAGUCCGCACAGAAACCUUCCUUUCAAAAACUUAGUGAAUCAUACGGAAAGCUUUCAUUUUCAUUGGUGGAUCAAUUUAACUGGGAGGAGACUGUAAGCACUGUCAACGCAAUUAAAGAACAACAGCUCCUUGAAAUUAAUAACAUUCACGUGUACAGAAGUCUUACACAGUUUGUUGCUGAAUUAAGAGAGUGGGAUCCUACUCCUCCCAUUUUCAUAACUGAACCAAAUAUUGUAAAAUCGUUUGUAUAUACGGCAGACAGAUUGGUAAAAGAAAGGAAAAAAGACCUUGAUUUGGAAUUUAAGAAGACACUUCACCAAGCCGUAUUGGAUGAUGGUCGACCUCCAACGAUGGUACCUUCGUAUAUAGAAAGAGUGAUGUAUCAAUUAUAUUAUGACACGAAAGAUAUGGAAGGAGCAUUUAGAGUCUGUUCUGGGAAGACUGAAAUGGAUGAAUAUGUGAAGUACUUAAAUGUGAUUGACAUCCGAAGACUGGGGAGUGGAUUACUGUCUGGUAUUAUCAAGAAAUUUGUGAGAGAAAGUACAACCCCUAUUUGGCCCGAAGUUAUUUAUGACCAACUUUUAGACAUCACAAAACAAUUUUCCAAUAACGUUCCUUUAUGGAAAAUGCGUUUUAGGAAUUUAUAUAAUGGGGUCCAACCCGAGAACAAAGCGUUCAUUGAGAAAUUCAUUUCUUUAUUGUUACGAGUUAUUAACAACAAAACAUCGAAAAUGGAUUACUCGGGGAUGUCGACAUGUGUAGCAGUUGGAUUAAUAAGAAGAAGUGAAUGUGAUUAUACUGUGAGUAUUCAAAACAUCGAAGAAUUUGCAGAGAAGCAGCGCCUGUCUAUAUUAGCGUUUAAAAUAAUGUUAGAGCAUGCGAAUGAUCUCUUUACUGUUUGUAUUACAAUUUGA